UCGGCUUUCGGUGAUGGGACAAUGGUUCUCGCCCCAUUCUCGAGUCCGGCAUGGUGCUACGCUUCCGUCGCCGCUUUAGCAUCCAGUCUGAUUUCCGUGCCGUUAAACGGAUUCGUCCUGCUAUCGUUUCUACGUGACCGCCACCUCCAGACACCGUUUGGCGUGUAUAUAAUCAUCCUGAUGAUAAGCAACUUAGCCUGGGUCAUCUUUAAACAGACACUGGAUAUCAUCAAUAACCUUUACUUUUACUAUUGGUGGCUGGGUGAACCGUUGUGUAAGAUGUACAAAUACGGAACUUACGUUUAUUCCGGCGUGAUUUUAUACCUGCACGUGCUGAUAACGGCCAACCGCAUCUGGGCCAUAACCUUCCCGGUCGCGUACCGCAAUUAUCACUCCAAACAAACGGCCGCGAUACUCUGUCUGGCCGUUGUCGUAUUCGUCAACGUCGUAGCGCUACCGGCCUACAUCGUGGAUUUGUCGUAUUACGCGUUGCCGGCUACGAUUGGUUGCUAUAUCGAUAUAAUCUCCGUGUGGGGGUGGCUGUUUCUGGCACAGGUUGUCGUGUACGAUCUGCCGGUGAUAUUCGUGGCGGCGGCCUACCCUUGGCUGUUGAUACAGUAUAAAACCCAACGGCGCACCGAUCUCCAUCGUUUGGAAACCCUGGCCAAGGGACCCACAGGAACCACCAAACGGAUGCUCAAAAUCGAGGCGGCCGGAUCCAGUGGGUAUGCGUCGGAUUCGCGAGAAGCUCCGCCCCCGCCGCCCGGUGAAAAGUUCAAGGGUCCAGCGACAGUGCGACUGCCGGCGAGCGAAGGUGCGACAAAGCCGCGGCGGCGGCGUGUGUCGUCACGGGCGUUUCUGGUCAUCAGCUUCCUGACGGCUAGCAUUAUCGUAUGCUGGGGUCCGACGCAAGUUUACACGACUAUUAUGAUGUUUACACUGCAGGAAAACAAGACGGCCGACGAAGUGUGCUUUGUUCUGUAUGUGGUACAAUCGGUUGUUGAUCCCAUUGCCUUUAUUUUCGUUUUAAGAGAUUUGAGGCAAUCGGUGCACGACCGGUUGAGACGGUGGGCACGGGUGUUUCGAUGUGUGUAGUACUCGUAACAGCAAAAAAAAAACUAAAUUAAUUAGGAAA